GAUGGCAGUAGAAGAAUUAAAAGUUACUAGUUCUAUUUCACCAAGGAAACUAUUUAAGAGAAUUCCAUUAACAAAUCAACAUAAAGCUUUUCUUAUUGCUCAAGUACUAUGUUUUGUAUUGUGCAUCAUUACUGUCUCUCUUUCUGGCGCUAGUUUAUCAAUUGUCAGAAGUGAUUCUAUUAUAAAAGUUUUCUCUGUUCUAUACAGAGAGGGUAACAUAGAAGAAAUGUCACCUUUGGCAAUAUCCCAUCUAUUAAUACUUAUUGGGGGUACUUUUACUAUAUUAUUUACAAUAAUUGGUUUUAUAGCAGCUGUAAAGAAUUUAGGCACAUUGUUGGAAAUUUAUAUUAUUGCUGUUAAUAUUUUAUUCUUGAUACAAAGUUCAUCUAUUGUUCUUUCGUCAAAUUUCUAUGUACAAAUCGGUAAAGAAUUAGGUGAAAGUAUGAAAAUUCAUAUAAAUGAUUAUUAUAAGAACGAAGCUCACUUGAUUAAUGGUAAAUUAAAUUUUCUAAAUGAUCAUAUUGCAAUGGCAUGGGAUAUUGCCCAGUUUCACUUCAACUGUUGCGGAGUUAGAAAAUCCCAUAUCGAUUUCUCAACUAGCCCACAAUCGUUUAAGUCGGCAUUGUGGAAUCAUAGUUCUAUUGAUCCAGGUGUUAAGUUUCAAAUUAAUUUUCCUCCUAGCUGCUGUAAAUCUUUAAGCGGUACAACAUAUCCUUUUAAUAAAGAUUCAACGUCCUUGGGUAUGAUUGUUGCGGGAAACUGGAAACAAUGCCUAGUUGAAGGAGAUCCUGUUUAUACCCAUACGACAUCUUGUUUCGAAAAAAUUCGUGAUAGAAUUCGAAAAUACUCCCAAUAUGCUCUGGGUUCAGCAACUUUUAAUUCCGCAGCUCAUAUUAUUAGUAUUAUUACCGGUCUCCGAUUAAUUAGAAUCGUUCCAAACUAG